CUUUACCUCAUUCCCCUCUGUGCCUCCCUCUCUCUCUCUCUCUCCGCCGUAGUCUCCGGCGAAACAGCCCCUUUAGCGGUCACAUUUGCUUUCCUUUUGAUUUGAUUCUUUAUGGCGGAUAUCGUGAAACAGAUCUUAGUGAGACCGAUUCAACUAGCGGACCAGAUAACCAAAGCAGCCGACGAAGCCUACUCCUUCCGACAAGAAUGCCUCGAGGUCAAAGCCAAAACCGAGAAGCUCGCCGGCCUCCUCCGCCAAGCCGCGCGCGCCAGCAACGACCUCUACGAGCGUCCCACGCGCCGCAUCAUCGACGACACGGAGCAGGUCCUCUUCAAAGCCAUAGCACUCGUGGAGAAAUGCCGGGCCGCGGGGCUGAUGAAACGCCUCUUCACCAUCAUCCCCGCGGCCGCCUUCCGCAAGAUCACCACGCAGCUCGAGAACUCCCUCGGCGACGUCUCCUGGCUCCUCCGCGUCUCCGCCUCGGGGGACGACCGAGACGACGAGUACCUCGGUCUCCCUCCCAUCGCCGCCAACGAGCCUAUCCUCUGUUUGAUCUGGGAGCAGGUCGCCAACCUCUUCACCGGCUCCCUCGACGAGCGGUCAGACUCGGCCGCUUCCCUCGUGUCGCUCGCACGUGACAACGACCGUUACGGGAGGCUCAUCAUAGAGGAAGGAGGCGUCCCUCCUUUGCUAAAACUCGCUAAAGAAGGGAAACUUGAAGGGCAAGAAAACGCGGCGCGCGCCAUUGGUUUAUUAGGGCGUGACCCGGAGAGCGUUGAACAGAUCGUGAACGCUGGUGUGUGUCAAGUCUUCGCGAAGAUUCUCAAAGAAGGUCAUAUGAAAGUUCAGACCGUUGUCGCGUGGGCCGUGUCGGAGCUAGCGUCGAACCAUCCAAAAUGCCAAGACCAUUUCGCUCAGAACAAUAUUAUUCGCUUCUUAGUGAGCCAUCUCGCUUUCGAGACGGUCCAAGAGCAUAGCAAAUACGCUAUCGUGAGCAACAAGCAAACGUUGUCUUCGAUCCAUACGGUUGUGAUGGCUAGCAACACGAAUCCAUCAGAUAAGAAGGUAAGCAACGAGCAAGAGGAAGCACAAAACAAUAUCUCGCAUCCUAUGAGUAACCAAACACCGAGCCAGAUGCACAACAUUAUCACAAACACACUAGCAAUGAAAGGCUCCGAUCCAGGUUCGGGUCCAGGCUCGGGUCCAGGUUCGGGUGCUAGCAAGAAUCAUACGAAACAGAGCAGUCAGCACCAUCAUACAAAAGGUGGUCCAACACCGAGAGGGAACAACAAUCCAACGCAUGUUUCUUUGAUGGGGACAAGCAUUAAAGGAAGAGAGUACGAGGAUCCAGCCACUAAAGCUCAGAUGAAAGCAAUGGCUGCAAGAGCGUUAUGGCAGCUCUCGAGAGGGAAUCUCCAGAUAUGCCGAAGCAUAACAGAGUCAAGAGCAUUGCUCUGUUUCGCCGUUCUGUUAGAGAAAGGUGACGAUGAAGUCAAGUCGUAUUCCGCAUUAGCGAUGAUGGAGAUCACCGACGUUGCCGAACAGUACUCGGAGCUUAGACGCUCAGCUUUCAAACCAACCUCUCCUGCCGCAAAAGCUGUGGUUGAGCAGCUACUAAAAGUGAUCGAGAACGAGAUACCGGACCUUCUGAUCCCAUGUAUCAAAUCAAUAGGUAGUCUUUCAAGAACGUUCCGUGCUACGGAGACAAGGAUCAUCGCACCGCUUGUGAAGCUUCUUGACGAAAGAGAAGCUGAGGUUUCAAUGGAAGCAGCGGUUGCGCUUAUCAAGUUCUCGUGUACGGAGAAUUUCUUGCGUGAUAACCACUCUAAAGCGAUCAUAGCAGCAGGUGGUGCAAAGCAUCUGAUUCAGUUGGUUUACUUUGGAGAACAAAUGGUUCAAGUCCCGGCUUUGGUACUACUAUGUUACAUCGCACUGAGUGUACCUGAUAGUGAGACUCUAGCGCAAGAAGAGGUUCUUGUGGUGCUUGAGUGGUCCACAAAGCAAUCUCAUUUGGUGGAAGCACCGAUGAUCGAUGAGAUAUUACCAGAAGCUAAGAGUAGAUUGGAGCUUUAUCAAUCUAGAGGGUCAAGAGGGUUUCAUUAAUCUAUGUCAAAGCUGCGCUCUAAAGUAUGAACAUUCUCUUCUUCUUCUCCCGGGCGAGUUUUGUUUCAUCUUUGAGGUGUUCAGUUUGUCUUGUCCAACGUUUUAUGAAGCUCUCUGUAUAUAUACAUUGAUGAUGCUCAUAGACAUUGUUACAAGUGUGUAGACUAUGUUGUAAGUCAA